GCUGUAGUCACUCAAGGGACAGCGUCGCCUACCUAUACACACCAUCGUCGCCCGAUAGUCGACCCAAUUGCUUGUUUUUCGCUUCCUACUCACUCUAUCUACCAUGUCUGCUAUUACUUCGUGAUUUAUGACCGCACACCACAAUUUCUAAACCGUAUAUAUCCACCUUGGUAGCUUCACGUAUAGCUUCCAUGGGAACGGCGUCAUAGUCAGAGCAACACGACUCACCCCACGUCGGCUGCACCUCAACGUUGACUGCUUAGGACGCGUUCGAGGGCACAUUGCCCUUGAAGAUUCAUACCCGUCAUGUCAUGGAAGAAGUCUAGAGAGCUGAUGGAGACCAUCAAGCACUACAGCAACUUUCCUGCCACAGGUGUGUCUCUACGACAAAUGGUGCAGUUUGGAGAACGACCAUCCACGGGCACUCUCUUUCGCGCAUCACAAUUUCUGUCCGAAGAACUUCCCAUACGGCUGGCACAUCGUGUGCAAGAACUCAAUGAUCUCCCCGAUGGGCUGAAUGAUAUGCCAUCUAUACAAAGAGUACAGGAUUGGUACGCACAGUCGUUCGAGGAAUUAACAACAUUACCUCGGCCAUCUUUGACCACAGAAGUGCGCGACAGACUGCUGAAGCCAGCGAAAAAGAAUGCGCGGGACACGCGAAUGCUCAGCCAGACCACACAGAACCCUUCAGUCAAGCAGGGCCAGUACAAAUCAGCGCCAGCCACCAAUGGGAAUGGAAACGGCCACGGAAAGCAAGUGACUGCCGCUAGGAGAUACUACGUUGCUGCCGACGACGGUGAAGACUGGCCACCGGAGCUUUCGCAAUACAACAGUAAUUUCGCUGCGGCGCUGGACACAAUCAAAAGGAGGCAUGACAGUGUUGUAACGACUGUUGCUCAAGGCAUAUUAGAGUACAAGCGCAAGCGUCAACGGAUGCAAAUUGAUCACAACAUCCAGGCCUUCCUUGACCGUUUUUACAUGUCUCGCAUCGGCAUACGAAUGUUGAUCGGCCAGCAUAUCGCAUUGACGGAUCAGAAGAAACGCACAGAUUCGGAUUACGUAGGAAUUAUAUGCACAAAGACAAAUGUCAAAGACCUCGCCAUGGAAGCCAUCGAGAAUGCUCGAUUCGUAUGCGAAGACCACUACGGACUCUUUGAUGCGCCUAAAGUACAACUCAUCUGUAAUCCCGAUAUCAACUUUAUGUAUGUCCCUGGCCAUUUGUCACAUAUGCUCUUUGAGACCCUGAAGAAUUCGCUGCGCGCCGUUGUCGAAACUCACGGUCAGGACAAGGAAGAGUUUCCCGUGACCAAAGUCAUCGUCGCAGAGGGCAAAGAAGAUAUAACUAUAAAGAUCAGUGAUGAGGGUGGUGGUAUUCCGCGAAGUUCAAUACCUCUUGUUUGGACAUAUAUGUACACGACGGUCGAUCAAACACCGAAUCUCGACCCAGACUUCAAUAAAAGCGAUUUCAAGGCACCAAUGGCGGGCUUUGGAUAUGGUCUGCCCAUUUCCCGUCUGUAUGCGCGGUACUUUGGCGGUGACCUCAAGCUCAUUAGCAUGGAAGGGUAUGGUACUGACCAAUUACCGGUCCUCCGAAGUUCUUCUAGUCCUUCAAACGGCUGGACCGAGGCCGAGCGCAUACGCGACCAGCUCAAGCGUGGAGGCACCCUGGCCGCUCGAGCCAUGAAACUCAAGCUGAACGCACACAAGUGGGAGGUGAGUGAGCGGCGACAGGUCGGUGACGCAGAGAGCAUGGUGAAUCGGACUAAGGACGACGAUCGGGGGGCGUGGUGGCGCAACGUGGGCAUGGAGGAGGGGAUGUAA